UCCUUCCUUUUCUUCUUGCCUAUUUGAGGAGGAACAGCAGGGCAGGGCUGUGGUCUGUUACGCUCUCCCAAAGCGGAAGUGGAAAGAGUUUUUCUCCAAGUCGACUGGCGGCAGCUAACCUGAUCAGGCGCUGAUUAGGCAGGUUUUCCAAGACGCCCUGGGUGCAGCAUCGGUGAGUGCUGAGUGUGCAUAGAUAGCUGAAGAGCAUUUGUGGCUGGGAAGCCUGCGGAGCCUUUGUAGGAUCGCUGUCCGCUUGCUGCAGCUCCUCGGCCUGACGCCCACCAUGAGCUCCAAGGCAAACCAGCUGCAAGGAUGCAAGAGCUGCCUUUACAGCGGCCUCUGGGACUUUCACCCUAUGACCAAGACUGAACUGAGCUUCCGCAGGGGAGACCUUUUCCAGGUGAUUGAGAAGAAAGGAGACUGGUGGUGGGUCCAGAAACUGGAUGGCUCCGGCAGAGCAGUGGAAGAAGGUUACGUGCCUUGCAACUACUUGGCCAAACGAGAGACUGUGGAGGCAGAACCAUGGUUUUUUGGGAAGAUCUCCCGUUCUGAAUCAGUGCAUCUCCUGAUGUCGGAAGAAAAUGAAAUCGGUGCCUUCCUGAUCCGUAUCAGUGAGAAAAAGGAAGCUGACUAUGUACUGUCAGUCCGAGAUGACUCACUGGUGAGACAUUACAAGAUCUUUCGCAACAGCCAGCGGAAUUUCCACAUGAAUGCAACCCGGACCUUCGGGGAUCUGCUGUCCCUCAUCCAGUAUUACAAAGAGAAGGGGCUCACCCGCGGCUUGAAGCUGCUGGCCCCCUGCUACAAGCAAGAACCCACAGCGAUGCCGCGUUGGGAUGACUGGGAAAGACCCAAGGAGGAGUUCCGUCUGGUCCAGAAGCUGGGCGCGGGGUACUUUGGAGAAGUCUAUGAAGGAUACUGGAAGGAGAUGGUCAGAGUGGCGAUCAAAGUGCUCCCCAAAGCUGACCUGACUUACCAGGACAUGUUCAGACAUGAAAUUGAGGCGAUGAAGAAACUCCGGCACAAGCAUAUUCUCUCCCUCUACGCGAUCUCUUCCAUCGGGGAUCCCGUGUACAUCAUCACAGAGAUCAUGAGCAAAGGGAACCUGCUGGAAGUCCUCCGAGCUUCCAAAGAGCAGGGGCUACAAAUGGCGGAACUAGUCGACAUGGCGCACCAGGUGGCUGAUGGGAUGUGCUACUUGGAGUCACAAAAUUUCAUCCACCGAGAUCUGGCGGCCAGGAACAUCCUGGUCGGAGAAAACAACAUCUGCAAAGUGGGGGAUUUUGGGAUGGCCAGGCUCAUCAAGGAUGAUAUUUAUCUCUCGUACUCCCACAACAUUCCCUACAAAUGGACAGCACCGGAGGCACUUUCGCAUGGACGUUAUUCCAUCAAAUCCGACGUUUGGUCCUUUGGAAUCCUCCUCUAUGAAAUUGUGACCCGCGGCCAGAACCCAUAUCCAGGCAUGAGCAACAGCGAAGUGUUCCAUCAUGUCCAGAAGGGAUUCAAGAUGCACUGCCCAUCCAACUGCCCCUCCCUGAUAUACAAUAUCAUGUGUAAAUGCUGGAAACUUGACCCGAGAGAAAGGCCGGACUUCACACAACUCGCAGGGCUGCUGCAGAGUUUUGCCCACUAUGAGAAUCCAGAAUGAAGGGGCCCCACUUCCCCCCCACCCCGCAAAAUUUAAUGGCAAGUUUGAUGUGUUAAAGGAGAACUUUGGGAUUCUGAAUUCCCAUCUGCGUAAAGGACAGGCGAGCCUUGGAGACCUGCGAUGGGCUUGAUCUAAUGGGGCAUUCAUAGCAUUUGUGCCAUUCUGGGAGCAGAUGUCUACACAAAUGGGCCCUCACAGUGAUCCACGGGAUUUUCACGAGAAGGAAGUGUGCACAAGAAAGGAGAACCCCCGUGCAAUAUUGUGUGUGUGUGUGUGUCCUGGGCCGGAAAGCACAAGGAAGGUGCAAAGAAGGGCACACAGCCUUCAGGAAGUUGGAGGCCGCAUUCCCAAGACAAGCCUGGAAGGAUCUGCGUAUUUCUUGCACCGCCUGAGGAUGUCACAGAGGAGCUUUUUCCAAAUGGCUUCUGAGUUCCAGAGAGACAGUCCCUCCUAGCAGGGGGCUCCAGUUACUGCGUUUCUCUUGGUCAUCCUUGAUAAGAUGGACCGGUUGAGAAGAACAGCAAAAUAUGCACCAACCAGUUCAUUCAGAUCCAACUUCUUCGCUUGGAGGGACCAUUGUUAGCAUUAAAAAUGGCACUUUACUAUUAUGUAUGUUAAAUUCAUCAGCCACGCACUGUUCUUUUUUUAAGUGUGCUAAUGACAGAAGGCAUCUCUUAAUAUAACUUAUGAAACUGGCCAAAGAAAA